CGCAUGCUCCGCCUUGUAGCCGUUAGCAGAGCAGCAGGAUAAUAGCCGGAGUGUAUAAUGGCGGCCUCUGUGUUGAUGGGGGCGGCGGAAAACGCCGGACUCCACUUCACGGUCGGAGCCGGAGGCAGCACCAGGACUGCUUUAAUAGGAAACGCAAACGGACUGGACCCGGUGGGUCCGGCUUCCUGGAACCGUUCUCUGGAGCGGGCGCUGGAUGAAGCCUCGGUAACAGGGUGUGUAAACCUGAGCGGCAGGAAGCUGAAGGAGUUCCCCCGGAGCGCUGCCAACCACGACCUGACGGACACAAUAAAGGCCGAUUUGUCUCGGAACCGCAUGUCGGAGCUUCCUCUGGAGGUUUGUCUCUUCGUGUCUCUGGAGUAUCUGAAUCUGUACCAGAACUGUCUCAGGUCUUUGCCAGACAGCCUCGUGAACCUGCAGACACUGACCUAUUUGAACCUCAGUCGGAACCAGCUGUCCGUCCUCCCGCCAGUCAUCUGCAGCCUCCCUCUGAAGGUUCUGAUCGCAUCCAACAACAAACUGGUUUCUCUGCCAGAAGAACUGGGUCAGCUGAGACUCCUCACAGAACUGGAUGUAAGCUGUAAUGAGAUCCAGAGGGUACCGUCUCAGGUGGGCCACCUGGAGGCACUGAGAGACCUGAAUAUCAGAAGGAAUCACCUGAUCCAGCUUCCUCCAGAGCUGGCUGGGCUUCCUCUGGUUCGUCUCGAUUUCUCCUGCAACAAGGUGACGUCCAUCCCUCUCUGCUAUCGGCGACUUACACAGCUGCAGUCCAUCAUGCUCGACAACAACCCGCUUCAGAGCCCACCUGCACAGAUAUGCAUCAAAGGAAAGGUCCACAUCUUCAAAUACCUGAACAUGGAGGCCAGCAAGACCACACCAGAGCUGCCUGAAUACGACAGACCACCUCUGACUGGCGUGGACGAGCAGUUUCCUGGUCGUCCCUACGGAGCGCUGGACUCCGGAUUCAACAGCGUCGACAGCGGUGACAAGAGAUGGCUGGGCAACGAGCCUUCAGAGGAGCCGUCAGAGAUGCCGAGUCGAGCGGUGGAGAUCAGCAGAGACCACCGACACGGAGUCGCAGCGUCAGUGCUUCCCAAUGGGAUACAUGUAGAGCUAGAGCAGAUAGACUUCAUCGACAGCUGUGCUGAGGAAGAGGAGGAGGGUAAGAAUCACAAAGGAGGAGACGGCAACAGCCUCAGCUCUCAGUUCAUGGCCUACAUCGAGAGACGCAUCACUAAAGAGGGCUCUCCUGUAAAAAACAACUUGUCAGAAGACAUGAAGAGACACAGCAGGAGUGUGGUGGAUGGUGUCAGCGGGCCCAUUCCCUCCAACAGUCAGAGAGCUGGUUCUGGUUCUGGAGGUGUGGAAAGGAUCAGGAGGGAAGCUCAGCUUGCUGCUCUGAGGUACAAUGAAGAGAGGCAGAAGAACCGCCCACCGCAGAGAGAAAACGCCACCAGCUACACCAAGAAUAAUGCCUCUCUGAGCCCAACCAAGUCCUGUCUAGAUGCUGAGAACAUCUACCCGUCCAGACGCUCCACCCACACAGACGACUCUGCCCUCAUUAUGCAGGGUGAGGACCGAGCUGCUUGGUCUCCAACAGGUAAGACCACCAACCCUACCUCCUAUCCCCUACUCAACCCCUUACUCACAGUUAUCCUCCUCUCAGCCAAUCGGUCACCUUCAUACCCCAGCUCAGGGGGCGGGGCUUCCUGUCGGAUGCCCAGCGUUCGCCCCGAGAGCUUCCUGUAUCGCCUCAGCCAGAGAGAAGACAAGAGGAAAGGGGACGCUGCUGCUGAUCCUUCUCAGAGUCAACAGGAGGCUCCGCCUGCUCCACCUCUGGUUGGAGAAGAUGCCGAACUGGUGGAGCAGCUGAGAAAGAACAUCGAGGCCCGUCUCAAGGUGUCGUUACCUAGCGACCUGGGAGCAGCUCUGACAGAUGGGGUAGUGCUGUGUCACCUGGCCAAUCACGUGAGGCCGCGUUCCGUGCCCAGUAUCCACGUGCCCUCGCCCGCUGUGCCCAAACUGACCAUGGCCAAGUGUCGCCGGAAUGUGGAGAACUUCCUGGAGGCCUGUCGUCGGAUUGGGGUUCCACAGAGUAAGUUGUGUCUUCCUCUUCACAUCCUGGAAGAGCGAGGGCUCCCCCAGGUGGCUGGAACCGUCAGCGCGCUGCUCGAUCUGGCCCCGCCCAGACACUCCGUUGGCAUGACGACUGCAGCAGCCGGUCCUUCUGUCACCAUUUAGACUUCUCAGCUGCAUCUGCUCAGACGACCAGGGCUCGCCACCUCCAAACGACCUGUGUGAUGUCACAGGAACACAGAAUGUAAACCCAUGAUUUUAUAGGACCGCGACCCUGUUGGUGUUGCUAUGGUUACGAUGCAGCAGCUCAGGUCGGCCAGGUAGAGGAAGUUUUACAACAGAACCACAAAGUUCAACGUUUAGCAUAAAUUAUGAGUUCUGGUCCCAACGGCGGACGCUGGGUUAAAAUGCGUCACAAGACUGGACCUACCGCAACACCGAAACUUCAGCGUGUCCCCUUUCUCUGAGGACACAGUUAAACGUCUCUGUCCACCUACACUGGAUCUCAUUGUUUUAGAGGAAAGAUUCUGAUGACCCGUUUAGCUAAAACCCAAACUCAUUAGGUUCUAAUGAUGGAGGAACCCAGAAACGUUGUUUAAAAAACAACUAAAUCAAGUUUCAAACUUGGCUGAUUUUGCACAAAAUCAUAAUUCUACCUGUAAACGGUUAAAGGAUGAGAUGUCUCACCUGGCUUCGGGCCGAGUUCCAUUCUUCUGGGAGGCCAUUGCCACAAGGAUUCAUGUUUAAUUGGGACACCUCCAAACACUAAAUCAGACAGGAAGUGGGUUUAAUCUGUGAGUUUGAGUUCAUUCCUACUAACUUUCAUCAGCUCUGGACUGGAUCAGAACCAGAACCUAACGUGUAAACACUCAAACCUCUGACCACAGACGGGAGUUGGUUUGACCUUAAUCAGGUAAAAGUUCAUGAUGCAUGAUGAUUCCACACACCGGUUGGCUUAAGGGGCUGUGUGUGAUGGGAUUAACACCAGUCUUUAAUGGGUCAGAACAUUCUGAUGGGUCAGUUCUGUUUGUCUUCGUUAGAUCCAAACUCUCGUGUUACUAAUGUCAUCAGAAUAACUUCACCCUGAACUCUGACUUGCAGGAUUUCAGGAAGAUGUCAGAUGUUUGUUUAAAUGUUUGUGUUGUUCAGACGGAGGUCUCAGGUGAGUCAUGUGAUCACCUGGCUGAUGUCAUAUGGAUCUUUACCACUCUAGACGGAUGAUCGCAUCCAGCAGGAAGUUCUGUCUCGCAGCGGAGGUGGAUCGGGUGGUCUCUGUUGCAUGCAGCCGUUGGUGUAAAUAUAGACAUGUAAAUAUUUUGUGUAUAUGAGGGUGAAACCCAUGUGUUAUCAUGAAAACGCAGCCUGUUGAAAGCCCCAGUCACCAUGGCAACACAUGUUUUUAAAGAAAAAUUGAACAGAAAAUAGUCUCGUGGAGUCCUGCAGCUGUUUGCUGACACUAAUUUUAUUUAAAUGCACUUUUCACGGAAAACAAAAGAACUGAAUAAUGGACGUGUUUAAAAGGAGCUGGACGAAAGGAGGGAGGGACAAGCUGGCGGGAGACGGAGCAACAUGAACUUUGUUUUUUAUUUAAAUAUAAAAGUUUUAGAUUACUCGUUUAACGAGGACUCGCGCUGCGUUCAGGUGACGUGGGACAUCAAUAAACACUAAAUCUAACAUCUGUUGUUUCUUUGUGUGCAAGAGUGUGUGUGGGCUAUGUGAGAGAGUAAGUCUGCACCACCCCACACCCCUACCUGUUCUAACAACAUGCAUCAACAGGAGGCAGAGGGAGACUCGGGGCCUUCUCACACCUCUCCUGAGCUCAUUGUCUGGAGCUGGGGUGUUGGGUCGCUUUGCUCUGCGUUUGGUGGGGUGACCUGCUCAUUCUUACCUCAAUAAGAAUGGGACCAUCUCCUGGGUCUGGGACUGGUUGUGUCUUCUGAGCAGUAGUACCUGGACCAGUGAGUGUAGGACUAUUCUAUUCCAGGCCUCGAGGGCCGGUGUCCAGCACGUUUUGGUUAUUACCCUGCUUCAACACAUGAUUUAAAUCAGCAGGUGAUCAACAGGCUUCUGCAGAGCCCGAUGAGCUGCUGCACAGGUGAUUCAACCACUGAAUCUAGUGUGUUGGACCAGAGAAACCACUAAAACCUGCUGGGUACCGGCCCUCAAGGCCCGGAAUUGAUUAGCCCCGGUGUAGAGUGUAUGACAUUCAUUAUUUUGUCUUUGGGUUGGAUGUGUUUAUGUGUUCUGUAUGAGGAUGAGAGUGUGACUUUAUCCCUCUAAUUUCCCUCUGGGAUUAAUAAAGUAUUUUUGAAUUGAA